AUGAGUUUGAGUAAAUUAAAUGCGGAUAUCGGAAUCGUUACACCAACUCCAUCAAGUAACACUAAUUUUAUCUUUAAUGGCUAAAAAUCAAACAAUGAUUCCAAUACUCCAUCCAAUACAAGUCUCUACUUUAAUAACAAUUUUUAACUAUAAAAUGUGCCAAGAUUUGCUGUUGAGUCUCAUAUUAAUAAUGUUAGCAUUGAAAACUUGCCUAAGUUCAUGCCAAACUCCUCAGCCCUUGAGAGGAAAUAAAUAAAUCACCUAGGUAGUAAAGUAAAUCAUCACUCACAUUAGCAAGCUAAAUAAUAAGUAUUCAAGCAUGUUAUUUAGCAGAGAUUAUUAUAACAAUAGUAAGAAGACACCCAAGCCUAAACUGGAAUUAUGAUCAAUAGAAAGAGUAGUGGCUCGGUAGGCUUUAAUAUAAAUGCAGCAGCAGCAGUAGUUAUGGAUAGCAAUACUACAGUACCUAAGUCCUCUGAAUUUGGCUUUUCUUAGUAAUUUAUGGCGGUUAGACAAUUUCAGAGCUCAAUCAGCUAAAACCUCACCACUAAAUAGCGCCGAUUUAAACUGAAUAAAAAUAAGAGUCAAGUGAACUAAACACACGUUCUUGAUCAUCCAAACAUAAAUGCCUCUUUUGGAGUUAAUAAUAACAACUAAAAUCCAUACAAUAUAAAUAUCAGUGGGAACAUCUCAACUAUGAAUAAUAUUACUAAAAAUAAUAGUAUAAGUAAUAGAGGAGGCAACUAUAAUUCAAACAGAGGGAUAAUGGGGAGUAAAGUCGGUAGUAAUUUAAAUGCUCAUCGCUAUAUAACAGAUGAGAAUAAAAACAAAAACAAUAUUGCUAUGAGCAUUAGUAGCAUUAGACCAAUGACAGCAAUUAGCAGAGAGCAGUAUAAUCAUGAGGCAAGGAAAUUGAGAUCCUAUUUAGUCACAAACAACUUAAUUGAAAAGCAAGUCUAUUCACAUAGAGCUCCCAAUGAAUGCAGAUCUGUCAAUAAGUCCAAGGAAAACACUAGAGAAAUUAUAAUCAGAAAGAAAGGAAAGUUAAAAAGACUCAAUAACUUCGAAGAAUAUUUCCUGCUUUAUAGUCCCGAUUAAGGUUAAGACAGAGGUAAGGUAGCCAGCGAUUCACUCUUUUAAGAUCCUUAAAAGUUCUUUGAAGUCUAAUAGGAAUUAAGACUAGUAGUCAACCUCAUCACAGAGAGGAAGCAAUUCAGAGAUCAGCAGUAAUCUAAUUAUAAUAGCAACAUAGUCCUUAAAAAUAAAUCGAACAAUUCAAGCAUUUCAGCUAAACACAAUAAUUCCAAUAGCUUUAGAUUUAUUGAGCAAAACGACUUAUUAUCAAGAAAGCAGAGUUUGCUGUUUAGACGAAAGUCUGAUCAGCUUAACACUACCUCCUCCUCAGUUGGUAAAAACAGUGGAAGUAAAAAUGAAGUAUUGAUUAAAAAUUUAAAUGACAAGGGAUAGACUUCAAGGAUUAUCAAUGCACUUAAAGGCAAGAGAAUCAGAAUAAACUUCAAGCCUGCAGGGAACAAGAGAUACUAUGGACAGUAGUAAAAGUUAGUGGAGUAUAAAAAUCAAUAGCUCUAGGUUUAACUUAGUAGAAGAUCAAGUAUGGAUUUUAUGAGCAAUAGAUAUAGCGUGAGUCACAUGGACAGAUCAACUUUGUGUGAGAAAUUUAAAUCAACUCAAGAUAAAGCUUUCUCUAAGGAUCAUUAUAGCAAGCAUAAAGACAAAAGAGUUAAUAACACAAGCUCUUAUGGUCAAAUCAAUGACUCGUAAUAAUUACAGUAAUGGCCAUAGCAUCAAGGCGAGUCUAAGAACUCAUCUGAAAAUAGAAAUGGUUUCUUUGUUACCAUGAAUAAGGAUAUUGAGCAUGAAGUUGGGCAUAUAUCAUAAGUAUAAUAGAUUUAAGCUAAUACUAGUAAAAAUACAAACAACAAGAAAUCUUUGUUUUAAAAGUAAAGAGCUAGUCUAGAUGAACAGUCAUUUAGAAAAGAUAUUGAUAUUUCAAAGGACCUUAAGGCCUUAUUGAAAGUAAGGGAAAAUAAAAGAAACGUAAAUUAUAUGUAUCGAGAUGAGGAAGUGAUAGUAUUAAGAUCUUCAAAGCAUUUUUCUAACAAAAAUAGGGCUAGAACUUCUUCGCAAGCUUUAAUAAACAGUUCAGAGGAUUAAAUACUUUAAUAGCUCUCUCCGAAAUCCAUUAAAAAUAAUGGCUCGUAGGAGAAGAUUGCUUCAGCUAGUAGCAUGAUUGCUGGCAAACUGCCAAGCUAGUACAAUGUGAUUGGGCUUUUGGCUUUGGAUUAAUUGAAAAAGAAUAAUAAAAAGAUCAUCAAUAACUCUAAAUUUGUAUCAGGCAUUCAUCAUCGCCCAAAGACUGCAAUUCGUAGACCUCUUUCACAAGUAAAAAAGCUGUCGAUAUUUUAGCCAAUAUAUAAUGCUUGA